UUCUUUCGGUGCGUAAAGAACGGAAAAUAAUGUGGUUGUAUAGGCUUGCGCGUGCUUUUAUACUGGCUACAGUAACAGUAAAUGCAAAUUACUUUGUAAGCCAUGAUUCGACGCAUUGGGAUAUGGCAACCUGCAAAUUCGCAGAACCAAAUCUUACUUACGUGGACGAAAGUUAUCAUGUCGACAAAACUAUUGCGGCACAGAUAGACGAUACUGAUGUUUGGAUCGGAUAUCAGCUCGCAAAGAUGCCGUUUCUAUUCUUAGGUUGUGGAAGAUGGAAUACCAUUACAACAUACAAUAUCAAGAUUAUUGGUGAUUGUUUCCACCUGUGUGAUGGUGGAACAUUCGGAAUAAAACCCACCAGUGGAGAAGAUAUUCUAUCUAUUGCAUACAAGGAGUGUAGAUGCGUAGCAUCUCCUGAUCUUGUCAAUUGGAAUCAAUAUGGUUUGUGUGACAGAAGAGAUAAUUUUGCAAUUUUCAGUCCAAUUAAUGAGUGUAAGCAGUACCACUGA